ACCCCCGAGGGCCGCUCUGGCUGCACCGCGCUCGCUCCGAGCUCCGGGCUCCUGCCAAGCUAGCGCCGCCGUCGUCGUCUCCUUCCAGCCGCCAUCAUGAUUAUCUACCCGGACCUCAUCAUCCACGAUGAGAUGUUCUCCGACAUUUACAAGAUCCGGGAGAUCGCGGGCGGACUGUGCCUGGAGGUGGAGGCGAAGAUGGUCAGGAGGACAGAGGGUAACAUUGAUGAUUCGCUCAUCGGUGGGAAUGCCUCCGCCGAAGGCCCCGAGGGCGAAGGUACGGAAAGCACAGUGAUCACUGCUGUUGAUAUUGUCAUGAACCAUCACCUGCAGGAAACCAGCUUCACAAAAGAAGCCUACAAGAAGUACAACAAAGAUUACAUGAAAUCAAUCAAAGGCGAACUUGAAGAACAGAGACCAGAGAGAGUAAAACCUUUUAUGACAGGGGCUGCAGAACAAAUCAAGCACAUCCUUGCUAAUUUCAAAAACUACCAGUUCUAUAUUGGUGAAAACAUGAAUCCAGAUGGCAUGGUUGCUCUGCUGGACUACCCUGAGGAUGGUGUGACCCCAUUUAUGAUUUUCUUUAAGGAUGGUUUAGAGAUGGAAAAAUGUUAACAAAGUUGGCAAUUUGGAUCUAUCGC